AUGUUAACGGUAUUUUAUUUAGCAUUGGCUAAGCAUCGCAGAGGUCGAGGAAAAAAAGAAGGGCAUACUGAUUGCCAUGAGUUCUACAAGAACGAACCACCGAAAGAGAUCACUAUCAUAAGUAACGACUCACCACAGCCGCCAUCUUGGAAAGGGAACGAGCGACCUCAGCAGCAACAGCCACAAGCAACAGUGAGAGGUUCACAACAUGCCAACAAGAAGAGGACUAGUCAGACAGCUGCACACGAUACUGCAAGGGACCAACAGGCAUUCUUCCAUACCCGCACAUACUCGAAUGAGAACAUUGAGUCCAACACUAUCUUGAUGGAUCGAACCACAUCACUACAGACUACGGCACCUACAUCACUGGGGCCACAUUCGAUUCAUGGGACCAGUGGUGCGCACGACGGGAAUAGUGCGGUUGGGCAGAAGAGGAAACGCGUGACUCAGCAACCGAUUCGUGAUGAGAUGGAAAAGAGGAAGAAGAUCAAGAAGAAGUUGAAGGAAGAGAAGAUUAAGGUGGUGGGAGACGCCCACAGUUCCUCUAUACCGCCACCGAAGCCCCACGUAAAGGCUGGAGAUAUCAAUGUGCGUUCGAUCAAAGAUACUGCGACUGUGAACGGGGAGACCGACGAUGCUGAAGGCUAUUACAGGGUAACGGAGGAGAAUAGGCGCAUAGGUGACAGAUACUGUAUCGGCAGACCUCUGGGCAUGGGCACCUCCGGCGAAGUCCAUGAAGCCUUUGACAAGCAGACAAAAUCGAAGUGUGCAAUCAAGAUCACUCGAGUUCAGGAUGAGGCCCGCGAUGAACUGCGGGUGCUACAGACUUUGUACCUUAACGACGAACAGAAUCAGAACAAAUGCAUCCACCUACGUGACUGUUUCGAAUUCUGCAACCACAUCUGCAUAGUCACCGAUGUUCUAGGCAAGAGCCUCUCCGACUUUCUCAAGGAUAACGAAUCUAUGACCUUCCCAAGCAGUCACAUACAGAGCUUUGCUCGGCAGCUAUUUGUCAGCGUUGCGUAUAUGUCACCUCUCCUACCUUGGUUGCGGUCCAACUAA